AUAAGUGAGACAAAAAAAAAUGUAAAAAAAAAAAACAAGCAUGGGAGGGGGAAGAAGGGAAAGGACAAGUGAGGGAGGGAGAGACACAGAGAGAUGAGUCUGUGCAACCAGGGACGAGCAAAGCCAGACUGAGAUCAGGGGAGGCUGGAGCCAUGUCCAAGGAGGUAGACGGCCAAUGUGAGACGUCCAGCCUCUCAGUGCAUGUCACCUCUGCAGGAGAAGACAAGAAGAGGAAGCGCUGAAGACAUUCUAUAUACCCACUGUAUCCUGGCAGCUGCAGAGAUUAUUCCUGAGCGCUGGAUCACAGACACCCACAGACUGGCACAGGCAUCCACAUAUACACAGAGGACCACUCAUGAGAACAUGGCAAGCAGUGAUGAAGAUCUGAUCGGCAUUCCAUUCCCUAACCACAGCAGCGACAUCCUAUGUGGACUCAACCAACAGCGACAUGAUGGCUUCCUCUGUGACGUCAUCCUCAUCAUCCAGGACCAAGAGUACCGCACGCACAGAUCCGUCCUAGCAGCCUGUAGCAAAUACUUCAAGAAGCUCUUCACCACAGGAUCUGUGGUCGACCAACCCUACAUUUAUGAAAUUGACUUUGUUAAACCAGAAGCCUUUUCUGCCAUAUUGGAAUUUGCUUACACGUCAACGCUGACAAUCACCACGGCCAACGUCAAACAUAUCCUGGAUGCGGCUGAGAUGUUGGAGAUCCAAUGUAUUAUUAAUGUCUGCUUGGAAAUCCUGGAGGCACCAAGAGAUGGUGAAGAGGAAGAGGAGGAAAAGGAGGAGGAUGAUGAUGAUGAAGAUGAAGAUGAGGAUGAAGAUGACACAAAAGACUUUGUGAACCAGGAGAAUCAAAUGAAUAUUCAGGAAAGCAGCUGCCACCAAAGCCCUUCUGCAUCGGACCAUCCAGAAGAAAGCUACCAUGGAUCUCAGAAGGACAUACCAGCCCAAUACUCUUCCACCCAUAAUUCUUCUGGCCACCAAAGUGCAGUCAAGGACUUCUCAAUCGAGUCUUUAUUAAGUGAAGACUCACAUCCUAAAAAUAACACGUCAGACAAAAGGCCGACCAUUUCUCAUUUUGUUCCAGGCUUUUUUCCGCAGCUUUGGAAUGGAGAUCUGACGGCCUUUUCCCAACUCCAAGAGCAGCAGGUCGAUAUCGGACCCCUAAAUCUUGUGAUCAAAGAUAAGAAAAUUAAAGAGGAGGCGAACGAUGAGAUACCAACCCUUCCCUUUCCCACUGAUUUCUUCAAAGAUAUGAUCCUGGACCAUUCCUCCAAACACUUAGGGCAGAUCAAGGCAGAGAUGGACUACAGUGCCUACCUUAGCUUUCUCAGUGCUGCUCACUUGGGUAUGUUUCCACCAUGGCCUUUGGAAGAAGAGAGGAAAAUAAAGCCAAAGGCUUCUCAACAAUGUCCCAUCUGUCAUAAGGUCAUCAUGGGAGCUGGAAAACUUCCAAGACACAUGAGGACGCAUACAGGAGAAAAGCCAUACAUGUGUACCAUCUGUGAGGUCCGAUUCACCAGGCAGGACAAGCUGAAGAUUCACAUGCGGAAACAUACUGGGGAGCGGCCAUAUUUGUGCAUCCACUGCAAUUCUAAAUUUGUCCACAACUACGACCUUAAGAACCACAUGCGCAUCCACACAGGGAUCCGGCCUUACCAGUGCGAGUUCUGCUACAAGAGCUUUACCAGGUCUGAUCAUCUCCACCGCCACAUCAAGAGACAGAGCUGUCGAAUGUCCAGGCCCAGGAGAGGCAGGAAGCCGGCCUACUGGAGAACUUCCAGUCUACUGUUUGCCCGCAACAACCGUCCGGAAGAUGAGACCUUUGUUAUGAUGCCACCAAGUCUGGAGAGCGGUGGUAACCACCGGGCUAAUGGGACUAUGGGUGUACCGGGGCCUAGUCCUAAACAUCUACUUGAAGAACCUAAAAACAUUCUCAAUUUGAAAGAUUUGGACAAACAAUAUGAGGACUCUCAGCUGAAGCUGUUAGAGAGAACGCAUCUGGAGUCGGACAGGCAUGGUGGACUUUAUGCAUUUUCAUUGGCACACAAUGAGAAUAUCUCCCCUCAGCCGUUCUUUGUAGGAACAGCUGAUUCUUGGAAUAUGACACUGAACCAUGCUCCACUUUCCGAUGCUCGUAACUAAACCAAAACUAUUGGCUUCAAGAGGGCACCACUUCAUGAAAGCAGCCAUGUUGUGGACUGUAUCAAUCUACCAAUGACACGGGGCUAAAAGUACAGUUCCUGAUUGGCUGUACUCGGACACAAGCAAUGGCUGCCAUAAUCAUUGACCAGGUGGCCGGUCCACAUCAACGAACCAACACGCACGCCAUUGUAUCCCUUGUAGAUUCAUUUCUUUCUUAUUAUAUUGAGAUCUAUACUUGUGUAUGGAUAUUGACAGUCGACGAUUCAUUCCAAAGAAGCACAGCUAUGGUAUAUAUAUGUAUAGUAUGACUAUAUGUAUAUAUGGGAGUAUAAAGUUCAUUUUAUGCAUGUAAACUUUUUUUUUUUUCUUGUAGUAAACUUUUUGACAUUAGGUAAAGACCUGGAGUUGUAGUGUACGCUCUCUGGCAAUAAUUUAUUGUAAGAUUGAGUAUUGGGUAUUAAAUCUCAGAUUAUACAAGGGGCUUAAUAUAAUGGGGACCAUUUAUAUAAAUGUCUGCGGAGAGGUUUUUUGGGGAAGAUCUGGGUGAAGACAGAUGCAUAACUUGAAUGAUUCGGUCAAGUGGAAAUCUGUGAGAAGAUCCUAUACCUACAAUAUACUAUUUAUACUGGUGUAUUGAUAUGUGGCCUCCUCAAACUUCUGAACCAGUGUGGAACUGCUACCUCUGCACCCCCUAUACCCAUUUAGGGGUGUAAAUUAAAUGUACAUCAAAAUCUAUAAUAGAUUCUCCCACCUACCAUGUGCCAUCUAUAACCAUGAUUUAUUCUCAUGUGGCAUAAAAGCCUUUGGGCCCCCUAAAUCACCAGGGUGCUACUGCCACUGUAGCUAGGGUUGCCACCUGGCUGGUAUUUUACCAGCACAUCGGCAUUUUGGCCACCCUGCCGCAAUUUUUAUAUUGAAAAUACCAGCAAUGCAAUGGCUGAUAUUUAUCCAACCAAUCCUCCAACUCCCGGAAUGUUGCACCAUAUACUAUACCA